GCCCUUGAAGCUACUGUUUCAGAUAGCCUUGGCAGUAAGAAGGCUUCCGCUACAGAAUGCGCCUCUCGUACCUCGGGCGUUUUAGAACAUUUUUUCAGGGAUAUAAAGGAUCCUCGGAUCCUCGGCGAUGCAGAGACGGUUCGCGGUCUUCCUUGGAGGAUUCUGCUCGUUUUUCCUCGGCCGGAACUACAGAACGAAAUGGGCAUGUUUCUGCAGUGUAACGCGGAGGAGACUGUCCCCUCGAACAGCAUUUGGGCUUGUCCUGCACUGGCCUGCCUAGAACUCGUGUCUCAGAACAAGCGGACAAAUAACAAGCUACUCAAAUUCCGUCACCUCUUUUCUUACCGGGAAAGCCGUUGGGGCUGCCUUAAUUUCAUUGACUACGGCGAUCUAUUUAAUCCGGAAAAUGGCUACGUUGUGGAUAACACCAUUCACGCCCGCAUUACUACAAAUUGUGGUCACAUCGUUGUCCAGACUGCAGUCCCACGUCCUAUUAAGUCGGAAUCGCACGGCCUCCCUGGAUUUGUUGGCUUGAUAAAUCAGGGUGGAACCUGCCACUUAAACUCCGUGCUUCAGGUCCUCUAUUACACAAAUUGCCUGCGUUCGGCCGUAUUUCGAAUUCCCACUGAGAGCGAUAACAGCAUGACUAGUGUCCCGUUGGCAUUGCAGCGCACCUUCUACCAACUGCAAACCUCUAAGGAGGCCGCGUGUACUGCAAACUUCCCUCAGAUCUCUGGCAUGCAGCACGAUGCCCAGGAGGCGUGUAGAAUGUUGUUAGACAAAAUUGACGAGAAGAUGAAGGAUACAGACCUGAAGGACACAAUAUCGAAACUUUUUGGCGGUAAAAUGUCCCACUACAUAAAAUGUACACAAGUCGAGUAUGAAUCCAGGCGGGAGGAAAGUUUCAUUGACAUUGUGUUAAAGGUCCGCGGCAACAAGGAUAUUUAUGCUGCCUUUAGAGAUUACCUAGAGGUGGAGAUUUUGACUGGAGAUAACAAGUAUAACGCCGAUACACAUGGUCUUCAGGAAGCUGAGAAAGGCGUCCAGUUUAUCAAUUUUCCCCCUGUUCUCCACCUUAACUUAAUGCGUUCUGAGUAUGACUUUCAGGCGGACGGCAUCGUGAAGAUAAACGACCGUUUUGAAUUCCCCUAUGAGCUCAACCUGAAGGAGUAUGUCCCAGAUCCAGCGAAGGCCCAGUACACUGAUUAUUUCCUGCACUCCGUUGUCGUGCAUUUCGGUAAAUUACGUAGUGGCCACUACAGUGCUUACGUGAACCCACUUGGAGACAAUGAAUGGUACUGUUUCAAUGACUCCUCAGUGUCUAAGUGUUCAUCAAAAGAGGCGAUUGAAAUGGUGAGUUGUAAACCGAUUAUUCAUCGUUCCUGUCUUUGUAUGACUAGUUAA